CUUCCGGGCUCCCGUAGGGGAGCGCCGGCCGUGGCGGCGCCACGUCCCCUGCGGCGGCGGGAGAAAGAUCGGUUGGGCCUCGGGGCGGCUCCGGGCGGCCAUGGCCUUUACGUUGUACUCGCUGCUGCAGGCGGCCCUGCUCUGCGUCAACGCCAUCGCGGUGCUGCACGAGGAGCGCUUCCUCAAGAACAUUGGCUGGGGAGCAGACCAGGGAAUUGGUGGAUUCGGAGAGGAGCCAGGAAUUAAAUCUCAGCUAAUGAACCUUAUUCGAUCUGUAAGAACUGUGAUGAGAGUGCCAUUGAUAAUAAUAAACUCAAUUGCCAUUGUAUUACUUUUAUUAUUUGGGUGAAGAAUGGUGGGUGAAAUGAAGACUCAGAAAAGAGAUGCCAGCAGAAGUUAUUACGUCAGUCAUUAUUGGAAUAUACGUCUUAGCUGGUCGUCCUCACACUUGACAAAAAUGUAAACUUGACAAUAAAACCAGAGUCCCUAUUUAUCUGAUUUUUAAAAAAAUGUUGCACUUAUAGUUUCAUUACAAAAAGAUGAGAUCAUCAGAGGCAGUAACUAUCCAGGAUUGGAAUACAUUUGACAGUUGUUAAUAAAAGUUCAUGCUGUCGUAAAGAUUGUUAGAAGGGUACAGGACUGUCACUUGUUUAUAGAGAUUUUUCUCUCUCACUUCUCAGGGAUAAUUUUUUUUUCAAAGUUUUGAAGUUCCUUGUGACUUAACUAUGAUGUGAGAAUGAUUAUCUUCCUAGAUAAAAUGUAAAGGAUUUUUUAAAAGUAAUUACAUAUAAAAUGAUAAAUUGAUAAUUUGGAUAAUUUAACUUUCAACUCUUUGUCUAUAUAUCAUUUCGGCUAUGACAUUCAAAUUUAUAGCAACUAUUGAACAGUACUCUCUGACUUCAGGGAGAAUUCUAAUUUUAUAAGUUAGUCAUACAAUGAUUAUGUUUUUAAGUUCUUUUUCAUGCAUAUAUUAUUUUAUUAAUUGGCCUGAACGGUAAGACCAGACCACUAUCUACAUAUUUCCAUUGGUAGAAAAAUCUAAGUAGAAAGUUUAUGCCCUUUUUACAAUAAUGACUUCUUUUUCAAAAUCAGCCUAAAUAUUAGCCUGCAAAGCAAUCCUGUUAAUCACAAUCACAAACUAUACUAUUUAAGAAAACUAUUGUGAAGCGUUUACCUCUCCCCCAAAUUAUCACGUUUCCAUUUUUUGGAGUAGCAUGUUAAGGGGUAUAAGUUUUAAUUCUUCAUUCUGUCAAUAGAGAUUCAUGCUACGUAAUAAGCUUUCUGUUUUUAUAUUCUUAAACCAUUCCAUAUUUGCUCAUCCCAUAAUAUAGUUUUAUGCAGGAAGAUUAAGAUUAUGUAAAUGGGCUUUCUGGAAAUUAUCAGUUAUAAUAGUUUAAAGGGAUAGAGUGGCAUCUUUGUUUAUAGAACAUUUGUAAAUAAAGUUAAAUUUCUAAGUCAA